AUGGAGUUUGUCCUUGAUUUAAUUGCUGAGCGGUCAGUGAUUAGAGAAUCGCUAAAAGGUGUGUGGAUAAUGUGGACGGUAUUUUUCAAUCGAUUGUUUGGACCUAUCACACCCGCCACAAACGAGUUUCUCAAUAUAACGUACCCCAUUGCUGUCAAUUUGCCCGAUUUGGAUUCCCUUAUAGAUGAACGAAUUAAUCAAUUGGUUAAAUCGAAUUUUGACAGGAGGUUGCCUCUGAAGGGGGUGGUAAACAUUCAGUUUCUUGAUAAGGAUGGACACAUCAAGAAGAAAACUGGAUGGUUUGGCGGCAAAGUGGAUACACAAACUAGUGACAAUUUAAAGGCGUGGGAAUCGUGGAUUAUUAACGUCGAAUGUUUACCAAUCGACGAAAGACCAACAGAAACAUCAUCACCUCAAACUGACCAACCACCAGCAACUCACCCCAGAGAUAACAAUUACAGUACCAAUAUGGUAAAGUCAAUCAAAAGUUUCGAGCUUAAUCUUAUCAAAAUAAUCGACUCGGUAGAUAGGCACAAACAGCACAUUCCACCUAUCACAACUCUAGAAAGCUCCCCCUUCCCCUACAAAAUCUCCGUGCUUGAAGCGGAAACAGUUACAGCCACCGGUUCGGAAGCGCUGUCUUCGUCAGUAAGAACCGAACAAAUCGACGAGAGCUGGGGUGAUUAUAUAAAGAAAAUGCUAUAG